CAUUCUUUGUGGUGUGCUUUCCCAAACAUUUAGUACGUGCAUUGAAUCCUGCUUUUUCAUUUUAUUCUGUUGUUUUUUACUUGAUGUGUACUGGUCCUAGUCUUAGACUGGUUUCGUGUUUUUAUUCUUUCAUCUCUCCUUCUGUCUGCUGCCAGUCCCUUCUCCUCGUUUUUAUACUUAGAUUGGGAGCCUCUUGAGGGCUGGAGACUGUGUUUAACUUCCACCUGUGUACUCUACCCCAGACUUAGUACAGUGCUCUGCACACAAACUUCAUUGUCCGUGAUCUCGACUCGUCGUUUGAUAUCGAGUCCGGCCCAUCAGCGACACCGGAGGAACCGCUCGAGGAGCCGGACGUGAUACCUGUGUGGAUCUCAUAGCCGAAGAGGAGAUGGCGGGUGAUGGUGUCCCACUGGUGCUGCUACACCUGGUCCUGGGGGCUGCAGGCUUCCGCCUGGUGGAGGGGGGGAUUUCUGGUCCUUGGGCGGCCCGCUGCAGCCUCUUCGGACGUGACCACCUCAAGACCUUCGAUGAGAACGUCUAUAGCUUCUCCGGGGACUGCAGUUACAUGCUGGCCGGGGACUGCCGUGACCACACCUUCUCUCUGCUCGGGACCUUCGAACGUGGCAGGAGGACGGGGAUCUCGGUGUACCUGGGAGAGUUCUUCGACAUUCACCUGUUUGCCAAUGGCUCUGUGAUACAGGGUGGCACCAGGCCCAGUCCAAUGUCCACUCCCUUGGACAGUGUCUCCAUGCCGUAUGCCUCCCGGGGACUGCACCUAGAGAACGAGGCUGGCUACUACAAGGUGUCCAGUACCGUCUAUGGCUUCGAGGUCAGGAUGGACACUGGUGGCGACUUGCAGCUUUUUUUGGCCGGCCGGCACCUCAACGCUACCUGUGGGCUUUGCGGCAACGCCAACCGCUUUGCCGAGGAUGACCUGCAGACACAGGAAGGCACCCUGACGGACAACCCCUAUGACUUUGCCAACUCCUGGGCUCUGCGCAGCGGUGAACAGCACUGUCACCGAAUCUCCCCUCCCAGUGCCACCUGCAACACUUCAUCAGAGGAGUAUAAGGCUCUUCUGGAUCAAUGCCAGCUGCUGAAACAAUCCUCCGUGUUUACCCGCUGCCACCUGCUGGUGAACCCUGAGCCCUUCCAAGCCCUGUGCCAACAGGACGCCUGCCACUGCACCCUGGGCGAACACUGCCCCUGCUCAGCCUUCCUGGAGUAUGCCCGGAGCUGCGCCCAGGAGGGCGAGCCGCUGGAGGGUUGGGUGGCCCACAGCAAGUGUCGCCCAGAGUGCCCGCCUGGCAUGGAGUACAAGGAGUGCGUGUCCCCCUGCGCCGAGACCUGUCAAAGCCUCAACAUCCACGAGGUCUGCCAGGGGCCCUGCACCGAUGGCUGCACCUGCCCCGAGGGGAAGCUGCUGGAUGGGGACCGCUGUGUGGACAGCGCGGACUGUUCCUGCGUCCAUUCGGGCCAACACUAUCCCCCGGGGGCCUCCAUUGCCCGCGACUGCAACACCUGCAUCUGCCGUCACAGCGUGUGGGUCUGCAGUAACCAGGAAUGCCCAGGGGAGUGUCUGGUCACUGGCCAAUCCCAUUUCAAGAGCUUCGACAACAGGUACUUUACCUUCAGCGGCGUCUGCCAGUACCUUCUGGCCCGAGAUUGCCAGGACCACGCCUUCUCCAUCGUCAUAGAAACCAUCCAGUGUGCAGACGACCCCGAUGCCGUCUGCACCCGCUCUGCCACCGUUCGACUUGCGGACCAGCCCCACAGCGUGUUGAAGCUGAAGCAUGGUGGGGGAGUCUCCCUGGAUGGCCAGGACAUCCAGGUGCCCUUGGUCCGAGGUGCCCUCCGUGUCCAGCACACCAUCAUGGCAUCUGUGAGACUCACCUAUGGGGAGGACCUUCAGGUGGACUGGGAUGGGAGGGGGACAUUGUUGGUGAAGAUAUCCCCGAUCUACUUCGACAAGACGUGCGGCCUCUGUGGUAAUUACAACGGUAACCAAGGCGAUGACUUCCUCGCCCCCUCCGGCCUGGAGGAGCCGUCGGUGGAAGGCUUUGGCAAUGCCUGGAAGCUCAGGGACGACUGCCAAAACCUGCAGAAACAAGACAGCGACCCUUGCCACCUCAACCCGCGGUUGGCCCGAUUCGCCGAGCAGGCCUGCUCCGUCCUGACGUCCUCGACCAAGUUCGAGGCCUGCCGCCACGUGCUCAGUGUCGCCCCCUACCGGCGGAAUUGCCACUACGACGUCUGCUCCUGCGCCGACGGGCCGGGCUGCCUGUGCACUGCCAUCGCCGCCUACGCCGCGGCCUGCGCGCAGAGGGGGGUCGUCGUCGACUGGAGGGAGCCCGGCUUCUGUGCGGUGAGCUGCCCAGCCGGACGCGUGUUUCAGUCGUGUGGGACCCCCUGCAACCAGACGUGCCGUUCUCUCUCCCACCCGGACGGGGAUUGCGAAGAUCUGUGUCUGGAGGGCUGCUUCUGCCCCCCGGGGCUGUUUGCCAACGAGCGGGGAGACUGUGUGCCCCGGGCCCAGUGCCCCUGCUCCUACGAUGGAGAACUCUUCCAACCCGAGGACGUCUUCUCCGACCACCACACUCUGUGCUACUGUGAAGACGGUUCCAUGCGCUGCAGUACUAACCAAGCCCCCGGGGCUUCUCUGUCCGAUGAGAUCUUGGACUCUCACCCGUCUCCUCGUGUCAAACGGAGCCUAAACUGCCGCCCGCCCCUGGUCCGGUUGGUGUGCCCGGCGGAUGACCCGCGGGCCGAGGGGCUGGAGUGUAUGCGGACCUGCCAGAAUUACGACCUGGAGUGUGUCAGCUCGGGCUGCGUGUCCGGCUGCCUCUGCCCUCAGGGCAUGGUGCGUCACGGUGACCGCUGCCUCUCCCCCGAACGCUGCCCGUGUUUCCACAACGGCAAGGAGUUCGCCCCGGGGGAAUCGGUGCAGAAAGACUGCAACAUCUGCGUGUGCCGCGCCCGCCGCUGGGAGUGCACGGAUCACGUAUGCGACGCCACCUGCUCCGCCCUCGGCCCUGCCCACUACCUGACCUUCGACGGGCUCCACUAUCUGUUCUCCGGCGUCUGUCAGUACGUGCUGGCCCAGGAUUACUGCGGCGGCCCCGACCCCGGGACGUUCCGGAUCCUGGUCGCCAACGAUGGCUGUGGCUUCGCCGCAUCUAAAUGCAACAGACGUGUCACCGUCCUUUUCGCCGGGGGCGAGAUCGAGCUGUCCAACGGGGAGGUGGUGGUGAAGACGCCCCCGAGUGACGAGGCCUCGUUAGAGGUGCUCGAGUCCGGCCGCUACUACAUCCUGCUGCUGGGGCCAGGGAUGUCCCUCACCUGGGACAGGAACAUGGGGGUCUCGGUCAUCCUGAAGCAGACGCACCAGGGGCGCGUGUGCGGCCUGUGUGGUAAUUUCGACGGCGUCCAGAACAACGACCUCAUCAGCCGCAGCCUCCAGCUGGAGGUGGAUGCGGCCGACUUUGGGAACUCCUGGAAAGUGACCCCGCAGUGUGCCGACGCCCCGAGGACUCCGGACUCCUCCUUGGCGACCUGCCGGGACAAUGUCAUGAAGCAAAUGACAGUGGACUCAUCCUGCCGGAUCCUGACCAGUGACCCCUUCCGACGGUGCAACCAGCUGGUGAACCCCGAGCCAUACGUGGACGCCUGCAUCUACGACACCUGCUCCUGUGACUCGGUCGGAGACUGCGGCUGCUUCUGCGAUGCCGUGGCCGCCUAUGCCCACGCCUGUGCCCAGCAUGGGGAGGUGGUGAUCUGGCGGACGACCUCCCUUUGCCCCCAAAGCUGCGAGGACCGGAACCAACACGAGGACGGCUAUGAGUGCGAGUGGCGUUACAACAGCUGCGCCCCAGCCUGCCCCGUCACCUGCCAGCACCCGGAGCCUCUGGCGUGCCCCGUGAAAUGCGUGGAAGGAUGCCACGCACACUGCCCACCAGGGAAAAUCCUCGAUGAGCUGCUGCAGGCCUGCAUCCACCCGUCCGACUGUCCGGUCUGCGAGCUGGAGGGUCGGCGCUUGGCUGCCGGGAAGAGAAUCGUCCUGAACCGGGAGGAUCCCGGCCUCUGUCAGAUGUGCCACUGUGACGGGGGCAACCUGACCUGUGAGGCCUGCCUGGCCCCCGGGCCCGCCACGGCUCCCCCGCCGACCUCCACGCCCACCGAGGAGCAGGAGGAGGAGGAGGAAGAGGAGGAGGAGGGGGCCAGCCCCGAGCCGCCCCUGCACGACCUGUACUGCAGCAAGAUGCUGGACAUGGCCUUCCUGCUGGACGGCUCCAACCGGCUGUCGGAGCCCGACUUCGAGACGCUCAAGAGCUUCGUGGUGGACGUCAUGGAGAGGCUGGACCUCUCCCAGAAGCGCGUCCGGGUGGCCGUGGUGGAGUACCACGACGGCGCCCACUCGUACAUCGCGCUGCGGGACCGCAAGCGGCCGUCGACCCUGCGGCGGCUCGUCCGGGGCGUCCGCUACGCGGGGGCCCCCGUGGCCUCGGCCAGCGAGGCCCUCAAGUACGCCCUGUUCCAAAUCUUCGGGAAGGCCCCCCGCACCAACGCCGCCCGCGUCGCCCUGCUGCUCAGCGCCAGCGAGGAGCCCCGACGCUCGGCCCGCAACCUGGCGCGCUACGCGCAGGCCCUGCGCCAGAAGAAGAUCACGGUGGUGGCGGUGGGCAUCGGCCCCCACGCCAGCGCAAGGCAGGUCCGGCUCCUGGAGAGGCAGGCGCCGGACAACCGCGCCUUCCUGCUGGCCAGCGUGGCCGAGCUCGAGGCCCGGCGCGACGACAUAGUCGCCGGGCUCUGCGAGCAGGCCCCCGACCUGCCUCCCGCCACCGCCGCCAUCGUCCCGGGCCCCCGGGCCACCUCCCCGGCCGCCCCCUCCACCUCCUCAGCCCGCCCGGGACUCGAGGCCCCGGACGUGGUCUUCGUCCUGGAGGGCUCGGACCGCGUGGGCGAGGCCAACUUCAACCUGAGCAAGGACUUUCUGCAGCGCGUGGUCCGGCGCCUGGACGUGGCCUGGGACCGGGCGCACGUCUCCGUCCUGCAGUUCGCCGACGCCGUGACGGUCGAGCACGCCUUCUCCGAGGCCCAGACGGAGCGGGACGUCCUGCGCAAGGUGCGGGACAUCCCCUUCCGCGGCGGCCACGCCACCAACGCCGGCCGGGCUCUGCGGCACGUGGCCGAGACCACCCUGGCCCCCGGCCACGGCCGCCGGGAGCGGGCGCCCCACCUCGUGUACAUGGUGGUCGGGGGGCCGGUCAGCGACCGGAUCGAGCGGCCACCCCGGGACCUCCAGGUGGUGGCCAUCGGCGUCGGGCCCCAGGCCCACGCCCGCGAGCUGAGCCGGCUCGGCUGGCCCAACGCCCCCAUCCUCAUCCCCGACUUCGACGCGCUGCCCCGCGAGGCCCCCGACCUGGUGCUGCAGAGCUGUUGCUCCGGCGGCCUCCCCCAGGAGACGCCCACCCUCUCCCCGGCUCCAGCAGACUGCGUCCGACCUGUGGACGUGAUCUUCCUUCUGGACGGCACCUCCCGCGUCCCGCCCGACCACUUCGAGAACAUGAAGAGCUUCGUCAAGGCCUUCAUCGAGAAAGCUGACAUCGGGCCUCACGCCACGCAGGUGUCUGUGCUCCAGUACGGAAGCGCCAACACGUUGGACGUCCCCUGGAGCACUCCUCAAGGGAAGGCAUCGCUGCUGAGCCUCGUUGACCCCAUGCAGCGGGAAGGAGGCCCCGGACGAAUCGGGGAUGCCCUGAGUUUUGCUGUGCGCUAUGCCCUGUCGGAGGCCCACGGCGCCCGGCCCAACGCUUCCAAAGUGGCCGUCGUGUUGGUCACGGAUGAGUCUGAAGACUCAGUGGAUGCCGCAGCUGCAGGAGCCCAGUCCAGCCGGGUGGUGGUGUUCCCAGUGGGCAUUGGGGAUCGCUACGAUCGAGCUCAGCUGAGGGCCCUGGCCGGCCCGUCCCCCAGCUCCCGGGUCACGGAGCUGCAGCGGGUGGAAGAUCUCCCUCUGCUCGUGUCUCUCGACCGCUCGUUCACCCGCAGCCUGUGUUCUGAUAUGGCCGGUUUCUGCUUGGACGAUGAUGGGAACACCAGGAAGCCCGGCGACACGUGGACCCUGCCGGACCAGUGCCACACGGUCACCUGCCUGCCAGACGGCCGGACGGCGGUGGAGAGCCACUGGGUCAGUUGCGAGCGAGCACCCAAGCCCACCUGCUCCAACGGCCAGCCCCCUGCCAGGACGGAGGGGACUUGUGGCUGCCACUGGACGUGUCCCUGCCUGUGCAUGGGCAGCUCCACGCGGCACAUUGUGACCUUUGAUGGGCAGGACUUCAAGCUGACGGGCAGCUGCUCAUAUGUGCUGUUCCGCGAGCCAGGCCGGGGCACAGAGCUUGUCCUACAUAAUGGGGCCUGUGGCAGCAAGGGCGACGAUAGCCAGAGUGGCAGGCUGAACUGCAUGCGGUCCAUCCGGGCCAGGAGUGGAGACCUGACCAUCGAGCUCAAUGACCACAUGGAGGUGACGGUCAAUGGGACGGUGGUUUCAGUGCCGUUCGUGCACGGAGACGUGGAGGUCAACAUCUACGGGGCCAUCAUGUUCGAGAUGAAAUUCUCCCCGCUGGGCCACGUCCUCACCUUCACCCCCCAGAACAACGAGUUCCAGCUCCAGCUCAGCCCCAAAGCCUUUGCCACACCCAUGUCCGGACUCUGCGGACUCUGCGAUGAGAACCGGGCCAACGACCUGACACUGCCAGACGGCUCCGUGACCAGGGACCGGAGCGCGUUGGUGCAGGCGUGGAUGGAGUCGGAGCCGGGCCAGGAGUGUGAGCCUCUCCUGGACCAGACCUGUCCCGCUUCCCACAGGGCCCGCUGCCAUGCUCUCCUCUCCCCACCCUUCACCGCCUGCCACCCAGUCCUGGCCCCGGCCGCGUUCUUCUCCAUCUGCGAAGAAAACAGCUGCCACGAGGAGCAGGUGUGCGAGGCAUUCGCCUCCUACGCCCACCUGUGCCGUACACAGGGGGUCUGCGUGGACUGGAGAACGCCGGCCUUCUGCGCUAUGAGUUGCCCACCGGCCCUGGUGUACAACCCCUGCCAGCAUGGCUGUCCUCGCCACUGCGACACCAAUGCCAAUACCAGCUCGUGUGCGGACCACCCCACGGAGGGCUGCUUCUGCCCCAAGGGAUACUUGCUGUUGGAUGGCGCUUGUGUGCCGGAGGAGGCCUGCAAGCAGUGUGUAGGGGAGGAUGGAACCAUGCACAAGUUGAUGGAGACCUGGGUCCCGGAGGGCCAGCCCUGUCAACUCUGCGUGUGCCUCGACCACAGGAGUAUCAACUGCACUACCCAGCCCUGCCCUACUGCCAAACCGCCCCCGUGUGGCCCGUGCGAGAUGCCCCGGCUGCGCCAGCGCCCCGAACAGUGCUGCCCUGACUUCGAGUGCGUCUGCGACCUGGAUUCGUGCGAGCAGCCCCCCGUGCCACUGUGCCAAGGAGGGCUCCAGCCGGUGCUGGUGAACCCUGGAGAGUGCCAACCUCGCUAUGACUGCGGCUGCAGGAAGGAGGAGUGCAGCCAGGAGCCCCCGCCCUCCUGCCCACCGCACCGGACCCUGACCCGCCGGGAGACCCAGUGCUGCGACGAGUACGAAUGCGUCUGCAGCUGCGUCAACGUUACCGCCAGCUGCCCGCUGGGCUACCUGUCCAGCUCGGUGACCAACGACUGCGGCUGCACCACCACCUCGUGCGCUCCGGAUAAGGUCUGCGUGCACCGCGGUACCGUGUACCCCGUGGGGCGGUUCUGGGAGGAAGACUGCCGGACCUGCACCUGCACCGACGUGGAGGACGAGGUGGUGGGCCUGCGGGUGGCCCAGUGCCGCCCGAAAAUCUGCGAUGAAAACUGCAAGCCGGGCUUCACCUACGUGUUGCGGGAAGGGGAGUGCUGUGGACGCUGCCUAGCGGCGGCCUGCGAAACAAAAGAAAAUUCCCUGCGUGGGGACACCGAGGUCCGGUUGCAACAGGUGGGGUCGCGCUGGCCCGACCCGGAGAACCCCUGCGUCAUUAACGAGUGCGUGCGGCAACACGAGGAGGUGUUCGUCCGGCGCCAAAAUGUCUUGUGCGGCCAGCUGGACCUGCCGACCUGCCCGUUGGGCUUCCAGCUCAGCUGUAAGCGCCUCGAGGGCUGCUGCCCCUCCUGCCGCUGCGAGCCGGUCCAGGGCUGUGUGGUCAACGGGACCAUCAUUGCGCCCGGCAGUAGCCUGAUGGAGGAUCCGUGCACCUCGUGUCACUGCAGCAGCAGCUCCUUCCAACUACAGUGCCGGACCACCACCUGCUACUCCUGCCCCAGGGGCUACCGAGAGGAGAAGGUGAACGGUUCGUGCUGUGGGAAGUGUGUGCCGACCGCCUGCAUCAUCAGACUGAAAGAGGGGCGGAUCAUGGAGCUGAAGCCGAACGAUACCCUCCAGGACGGCUGUGACACACACUCCUGUUGGGGCAGCGAGCAAGAGGAGAUCACCUGGGAGAGGCAGGUGACUAGAUGCCCGGCCUUCGACGCCCAGAGAUGCCUGGCAGAGGGGGGGAGUGUCGUGAAAAUCGACAACACCUGCUGUAACAAAUGUGUUGUGUCGGAGUGCAAACAGGUCUCGGGGAGUCUGCAGUUUGUGGAGAUUGGAGACUGCAAGUCCGAGGAGAAAAUAGACAUUCCAUACUGCGCGGGCAAAUGCAGCAGCCAGACCGCCUACUCCGGGCACACGGGGAGAGUGGAAGGCCUCUGCUCCUGCUGCUCCGCCACCGCCACCGAGCCGCGCCAGGUGACCCUGCGCUGCGCCAACGGCUCGCUGGUGCUUCACCACGUCCUGAGCGCUCAGGGCUGCUCCUGCGCCGCCCACAGCUGCCCACCGUGACCGCCCUCCUUCCUCCUCCGCCGGCCGCCCCCGCAAUAAAGCCAAAUCUCCGUGAUCGA